GAAUCGAUUUAAUCGAACAGUGUCGAGCACUGAGCUACAUUUAUUGCACCAAUGUUGUCUUUUCUAGGAUGAGUUUCUGUAUGUGUGUCUGUCUGUCUGUCCAAUGGCUUCGAAGCCCAGCCCAAAGGGAUCGACCCAAACAGAAAUCCCUAAUUCCAAAUUGGGAAUCCCUAAUGCGCCAAAGAUCCGAUGCUAAAUAUGGGAAAUGUGAUGAAGAUUUCCCGUAUCGCAUUCGCAUGUCUUUCGAUCCUUUGGAUUCUGAAACCUCCCAGAUUAGGUAAAAAAUCAUCCUUCUUUUAUCACCAAAAAUCUCGAAAGCAACUCAAGCAGGCAUACCCUUGAAGUUUAUCUGUACCAGCUACAAUAUACUAUAUUGCUCCGGCACCAUAGCUGCCUGUUGCAGCUGUAAACACUUCCUGCCAUGGCUUCCAGAACUGCCGUCAUAGCUUGGGGUUCGGGGGAAGACGGACAGUUAGGAAGAGGGAACACCGAUGAGAAAGAAUGGGCUUGCAAAGUACCGACACUUAGCUCGCAAAACGUCUGUUCUGUUGUCGGUGGCAGCCGGAAUUCACUUGCCAUUUCUGAAGACGGCAAGUUGUUCACUUGGGGGUGGAAUCAAAGAGCGACCCUUGGGCAUCCGCCAGAAACCAAACCUGAGAAUGUACCUAGUCAAGUGAAGGCUCUAGCCAAUGUCAAGAUUGUUCAGGCUGCUAUUGGUGGUUGGCAUUGUUUGGCUGUUGACGAUCAAGGCCGCGCGUAUGCAUGGGGUGGUAAUGAAUAUGGGCAGUGCGGAGAAGAGCCCGGGCGCAAAGAUGAUAGUGGCAGACUUGUCAGAAGGGAUAUUAUUAUUCCAAAGAGAUGUGUGCCUAAACUUUCAGUUCGUCAGGUAGCUGCUGGUGGCACACACUCCGUUGUUCUGACUCAAGAAGGACAUGUAUGGACAUGGGGUCAGCCGUGGCCUCCUGGAGACAUAAAACAGAUUUCAACUCCAGUUCGAGUUCAAGGUCUUGAUUGUGUACGGGUGAUUGCUGUCGGAGCUUUUCACAACUUGGCUCUUCUGAAUGAUGGAACUGUAAUGGCGUGGGGCAAUAAUGAGUAUGGACAGCUUGGUACUGGUGAUACCCAGCCUAGAUCACAGCCCAUAGCAGUCCAUGGACUUUCUGAUCUUAAUUUGGUUGAUAUUGCCACAGGAGGAUGGCAUUCUACUGCAUUGACUGAUGAUGGAGAGGUGUAUGGGUGGGGCAGAGGUGAGCAUGGGAGACUGGGUUUUGGAGAUGACAAGAGUAGCAAAAUGGUUCCUCAAAGAGUUCAACUUCUAGCUGGAGAGAACAUUGUUCAGGUUUCCUGUGGCGGCACCCACUCGGUUGCGUUAACAAAGGAUGGGCGCAUGUUCUCUUUUGGCCGAGGAGAUCAUGGACGUCUAGGAUAUGGAAAAAAGGUGACAACAGGCCAUCCAGCGGAAGUGCCAAUAAACAUCCCACCUCCCAAGGAUCUCAGUGGUGACAGUGAUGAAGGCCGUUGGUGCGCUAUACUCGUCGCUUGUGGGGGUCGCCAUACGCUGGCUGUUGUGGAAUGGCGCGAUAAUGAAUCUUUAUAGACACCUACCAAAUUAAGAAACAAAUGCACCUUGAAAGCCAAAGGUAUCUGGCUAUUCUCGCGUAUA